CUUCUGUUUUAAUAAAAUAUUUAGAAGACGUCACAGGACAGAACCAUGAAAACUGCAGAUUGUUAUUGCUGUACAAUAUGUUAGACCCUGAAAGACAGAAUAUCUUUAUUGAUAGAGAAACAUUUCAUGCUACUAUGAAAAGUUGGAUUGCCAUGUGCUCCCAGGAUUGUAUUUCAGAUAAGUCCAUUGAAAAUAAGUCUACAAAUAAAAGAAACCUGGAUAAAAAUAGAGGAAAUAUAUUAUUUUUAACUGAGGAAGAUGCUGAGACUUUUCAAGGAGCAACUGAAGACUCAGAUAUGCAAUUGGAUGCUCUAACUAGUAGUGUUGCAGACUUAAAAUACAUGUACCAGAAAUUAACUGGCCAGGUACUGGGUACACAGAAAGCAAUGGAAGUAUCAGAUGAAAUCUGCCUGGAAUUGAUGGAUGAAGUUGCAGAACUGAAAGGCAAACUAACAAGGUAUGGCUGA